UCAGUUUUAGAUAUUAACGGUAACUUAGGCCAGAGACGGCUGAUAAAGCGAGCGAGACCUAACGUUAUAUUAGGCUACUGAUAAUCUUAAAGUUAGAUAACUUAGUAACGUUGACGUCAAACGAUUAACGUUAGUUACAUCUUCUGUGUCUCUCAGCUAACAUAACGUUACCAAGAGGGGGAAAUGGGAAUGUCCUUAUCAUACCCUCUGGUCAAUGAGCCAGAGAGCUACGUGGACCCCGACUUCGAUGAAGAGUCUAAUUCAAUGGACUUUGGAAAGGAGUUGCAUGAUAUCACUUUGUCCUUCUGUUAUGAUAUGAUUCAACACAGAAUCCGGUCAAUCAGAGAGAAGGCCAAGUUUCAGAUGAUGGAUGACGAUUGGCCCAGCUUUGUUGAGAAUUGGAAACAGCUGUAUCCUGAGUGGACAACUGAUGACUUCCUGAACCUCAGACAUCAGUUUGAGUUCUUUGACAUUUGUGGUGACAAACUGCUCAACUUUACAGACUUCUGUGCAGCUCUAGAUCUGGUGAACUACAGUGACUCAGAGGAGAAGCGCAGGGCCCUUUUUGACAGAGCUGACUUUCAGAAGUACCACAGCAUCAACUUGGAAGAAUAUCUCCAGCUUAUGUAUGAUAUUAAGAAGGGCAUGCCUAUUGUCAAACGCCCAGAAACGGAGGAGGAACUAGAUCAAAGUGAUGUGCAGGAACUUGUCAAUAAGGUGGCACAUUUGGACCCCUUUCGCCAAAUGUGUUAUGGUGUUUUCUAAGAUUCUCUAAUGGAGAGUUUUAAAUGUCAAAUAUUUACAGUUCAAGAAUUUAAAUAAAAAAAUUUUACACU